AUGCCAGCCUACAACUCCCAACAAAAGCACCAAAUCGCUGAGUUUGUCAGUUGCACAGAAGCAAAGGAUUCUGUUGCAGCCAAGCCAGACAUCCACAUGAACAAUAUCCACAAAGUCCCCGAAACUGACACCCAGCCAUCUAGAUACUUCUCUACUGGCUCCGUAGCCAGCUCAUUAGGCAAUAACAACUCCCUCACCAAAAUCUUCGACAGCUUCCGAGGUACCAACCCAUCUUCCCCAACCCCAACCCAUAUAAGCGCAAAAGCUAAAAGUAACCCAGAUGACCCCGCCGAAAACCCAGAUCUGAUUGGCAUCGAGCGCGCAAUUGAAUAUCUUGGGGCACUUGAUGUCCAACUAGACGAAGUCAACUGUCUCGCCAUCGCCGAACUACUGCAAUGCCCCUCCAUGGGCGAGAUCACCCGCCAGGGCUUCAUGGAAGGCUGGUGCAAAGCAUUCUGCGACACGCUCCCCAAAAUGACCGCGCACGCCAACACGCUCCGCACGAAAAUCCAACAUGACCCUGAACUCUUCAGACGGGUUUACAGAUACACAUUCCCGCUGUCCAGAAUGCAAGGGCAGCGCAACCUUCAAUUCGAAAUUGCGGCCGAGCAAUGGCGGCUAUUCUUCACACCCGAGCAUGGCGGCGUGCAGUGGAAUACGGAUUCCACGCCGUGGCUGGAUUGGUGGAUUGAUUUCCUGGAAGGGCGGGGCAAGAAACCUGUUAAUAAGGAUCUGUGGGAGCAGGUUGAGGUUUUUAUGCGGAAGAGUCGGGAGGAUGAGGAGUUUGGGUGGUGGAGUCCUGAUGGGGCUUGGCCGGGGGCGCUGGAUGAUUUUGUGGAUUAUGUUAAGGAAAAGAGGAAGGGGGGUGAGAUGGAUGUUGAGUGA